AUGGCAGAUUGCGGAGAUUGCGGAGAUUGCGGAGAUUGUGGAGAUUGUGGAGAUUGUGGAGACAUGUGUGGAGUUUGUGAUGAUUGUGGAGAUUGCUCUCACAUGUAUGGAGACUGUAAGAAUUGUUGUUAAGACUGUUGUGAUUGUAAUAAUUUAGAUUGUGAUUGUGAUAAUACAAUUUGUAGAGGUUUCUGUUAAUAGUUUUGUCAAAACCCAGUAGCCAAUCAUUCAAGAAUAAGAAGGUUUUUAUCAUCAUUGAUUAUUUUUGUAUUGUUAAUAGUAUAAUGGGUUACAUCUGUUUCCAAAAUAUAAGAAUAUUAGUAUAAAAAGGUUCAGAUUAUGAAUUAUUAGAAUAUGCUUAAAAUAGGUCCAAUCAAUGACCUAAUGUUAUUGACUUAAUGUCCUUCGAAUACAGUAUUGGUAUCGAAUUAUAUGAUUCCUUCAACUGUGGCUGGAUGUUAUUGUCCAAAUUAAAACUAGAGACUUUAUUUGGAAAUUUGCAAUUCAACAUAAACUGAAUGUUCGAUAUUAAGUGCUUCAAAUGAAAUUUAAACUAGUAAUUGGGGAUAUAAUGAAUCUAUGGAAAGGUUUUAAUUAUGCGCUACAAGAACUAGCACCAGCCCUGAAAAACUUAGAUAAUUAAAAAUAAAGGAGCCUAAAGACUGCAAAGCUAAUGAUUAUAAGUUAUGUCAAGAUUUGAAUAAUGAGAAAAACUUUUUUUGUGUUGAGAAAACAGAAAAAUGCCCAAUAAAGGACAUAUAAAGAAGCAAUGAGAUUUUAAAUAAUUAUGAAAAAAUAGAUUAAGCGUAAAUAGUUGACAAUUAAUAUUUAAUUGUUACUAGAAACUCAUCCAAUAAUUAUUUGAUCAAUUUUAAUAUCACAAGGGGAUAAGGGAUUUGUGAAGAUAGGAGUUUAUUAUCAUUAGGCACAGGUGAAGAUUAUUACAUGAAUGCUUAAUAAUGGGAGGCUUGUAGUCUUGAUCUUUCUUUUAAUUAACUAUUUACAUUAAAAUUUGAAGACUUUUUACAAUUUAAUGACUUAACAAAUAAAUUCGAAUAGUCAAGACCUCUGUUUAAUACUACAUAAAAUAUUAAACUAGUUUACUAAAAUUCUAUUCCCACUAUGAAUCUAAUUAGUUUUUGCUCUCUUUUUGAUGAUAUUGAAUUUGCCAUAAAUUUGUUAUCACUAAUUGUUCUGAUUAGUAUAUCAUAUUGGAUAUACAUGAUAAUAAUUAUUAUAAAUGAGAUAUGCAGAUGUAUUUUUAAGGCAGCAGAGAAAUGUGGUUAGAAAUGCAAAUAACACGUUACUGCCUUUUUAUUUUAUUAUGUUAGAUUUUCAAUUUAAAUAACUUUAAUAGUUCUUUCAUUACUUGGAUUUCUAGUUGUGAUGUCAACUGAUCGCACAACUAAAACAAUUCAAGCAGAAUAUGUCAAGGAUACGUUAUCAGAGCAAAUCCUAAAUUUCAGUUCAAAUAUUUCAAACAGCAUCUUAAAUUAAUAUAAGUUAUUAUAAGGAUUGGUGUUUGCAUCGUUCCUGUUGGAUAGUAUCAUAAGCAUAUGGGCUUAUUAUGAGGAACAUAAAAGGAAGAAGUAGAAAUAAUAUUAGCUUUAUAAUAUAAAUCAAAUAGUUUCACCUUAAUACCUUCAACAAACAAAUUAAAGACCUAGCUAAGUUUAAACCUAUAAUGAUGCAGUUACGAAGAUUAUUCGUAACAUGAAGUGA